GCAACACACCACGAUGCAGGAACGAUGGAAUCCUCAGAUGGAAAGUUCAAGGCAUCCUGGGGAUUGGGUCGGUGAUGGGAUCCUCAAUAUCGUAGACGCUGUCCUACCCGUAACGCAAUCGUCCUUCGAAGCUCGGAAAAAGAAAAAGCACAAAUUGAACAGAUACAUCAUUCCAUUGAUCGUGGGGUUCAUGUUGAUCAAAUCGAUUCUCCUGCCGAUCGCUUUGAAGACUCUAGCGAUCUUAAGCGGUAAAGCGGUGGUUCUCAGCUUGAUGAGCUUAAUCUUAGCUGCCAUCGUGGGGUUGAAGAAGGUCGCCCAAAGCCAUUCCGGGACAAGCUACGAGGUGGUCAACGUGCCGGUGAAUAAAUACAAAAGGCAGGACUACUUCGACGCUGUGGACGACAUGACGGACACCGAACCUUAUAAAUAUUAUAGAGAACGACGCAAAAGGAAGUAA